AUGACGAUAUCCUACGACGAGGAGUUCUCGUCAUUGAUGCUCCGUUGGCGCGGCUCAAUUUGGAAGGCGGUACUCAAAGAUCUCAUCGGCUUUUAUGUGUUUUACUACAUCGUUCUCGCCUAUCAGGUUGGUUGACCGGAUAUGUCAAUUGAAUAUUUCGAGUGAAUUCGAUGGAAAAAAAAGAAGUUGGUGGUACAUUGACAACCUCGCAAAAGACCCGCUUUUUUGCCGCGCCGGACGAGAAAAAUGCGAUAUCGUGUCAAGAAAAGUGCAAGACAAGCGCGACUAAGAAGUAGCAUUAUUGCGAGAUCGUCAGUGUAUCGCAGCGAGCUCGCCUUCAUCUCCGCAGUAUAGUUUCGAAAAAUGACCGUUCGACCGACCGUUCGACCAAUAUUUUUUCAACAUGUCAUAAUAAAUGAUCAUUGGUCGAACGGUUGGAGUUUCAACAUUUCAACAUGUCACUUCAGAAUGACAUGUUGGUUUUUGACCGUUCGAAAUGUCACUCUGAAAUUGGUCGGUCAUUUUUCGAACGUUCGAAAUGUCACUUCGAAAUUGGUCGGUCAUUUUUCGAACGUUCGAAAUGUCACUUCGAAAAUGGUCGGACGGUUUCGUAAAUUUCAGAAAUUGGUCGGUCAAACGAACGGUCAGAAAAAUGACAUGUUAUAACCGUUCGAAAAACUGAACGGUCAUAUCAGUUGAACGGUCUAAUUGGUCGAACGGUCGAAUUUUAGAACACUACUCCGCAGUUAUUCUUAGUGAUUGUAGUGGGUCGGUGUUCAAGUCCAGAUACACCAUAGUAAAUUUUCGACUUUUUUUCCGGCAAGCCCAAGUUUUUAAGGCAGCCGGUUGUACUACGGCAGUUUAGAUAGGCUUUUCGGUAAUAAAAGAAAAGCUUGUGUACUUUUUGUGACUUAACUCAUCUGGAGAAAUAGAUUCUCAACAAUUUACAAAAAAGAAAAAUCAUCAAAAUAGCUGAUGAAAAUAGUUCAGGUCCUUUUAAACAUUUCAGUAACGAAAAUUACAAGAUUCGUGUUGAGCCUUCAAUUAUUACCCCAAACUAUUUCAUUCCACAUUGCAAGCAAUAGUUUUGCGAUUCCAAAAAUACUAAAAAAAAGUUUGGUUGGUUAUGUUAAAGUUUUCAGUGGUACCUGCUAGAUGAAAAGCAAAAAGAGUACUUCACCGGUUGGAUCGUGUGGUGCGAGAUCGGCGCCCAGUACAUUCCACUCUCAUUCUUGCUCGGUUUCUUCGUCUCGGUUAUCGUCGCCAGAUGGUAAUUUGAAAAAAAAUCAUCAAAAAAAAAGUUAUCAGGUGGGAGCAGUUCAACUGGAUCUCCUGGCCUGACAAAUUGAUGAUUAUGGUUGGCGCGUGUUUUCCAGGCAAGGAAAACUUGGCAGUCCGACAAACGAUCGCUCGUUGGUCCAGCUUGCAGGUUGAAAAGCUGAUCGGAUUUUUAAACAAAACAUUUCAGUCAGCCAUCGCCUGGUCCGGCAUCUCGGUCCGAACCAAGAAGCGUUUCCCGACUGAACGCCAUUUGGUUCAAGCGAAACUGAUGACAGAAGAGGAGUACGACAUGUACAUGAACCUCGAAGCUCCCCAGGGAAAAUGGUAGUUCGACAAAGGUUACUUGAGACACAAAAACAGUUUCCAAGGUUUUUGCCAAUAAUCUGGGUUGUCAACUUGAUUCGGGACCAACAUACGGCCAAGAAAAUCGACUCGGUUCAGCUUGAUAUGCUUCUCAAGCAUGUUGGUUUUUUCUUCAGUUUGAUUCAAGUAAAUUGAUUAUUUUUCAGGUCUACAGUUUCCGUGACGGUUUCGCGAUGCUUUAUGUGUAUGAUUGGAUUAAGAUCCCUCUAGUGUACACUCAGGUGAUUCUGACAGUUUAAUUAUCACUCUUUAAUGUUUCAAGGUGGUUGCCAUUGCCACCUACGGCUACUUCUUCAUUUGCCUCAUUGGCCGCCAACCGAAACUCGACCAAAAGUCGAUGGAAAAAGAGAUCACGAUUCUGUUCCCCAUUUUCACCACCUUCCAAAUGUUGUUCUAUCUUGGGUGGUUGAAAGUCGGACAGUUCCUGAUGAAUCCUUUCGGCGAGGACGAUGACGAUUUCGGUGCGUCCAUUCUUGAUGUCGAUGUAAACUGAAGAAAAAAAUUUUUUUUGCAUUUAAAAAAGGAGGCUUCCGAAAUUUUUUUAAAAAAAUACGCAUCUCUCUUUUGCUGCGUUUCGGUAUCUUCAACAAACAAAAAAACUUUCUUUAUUCCCAUUAAUUAGUUUGGAGAUUAAUUAAACUCCAGAAACCUCGAGAAGAGCGAUUUUGCAAUUUUCAUUCAUGACGUUUCACCGAUGGCUACGUGAUUUUUUAUUUUUUGUAAAAAAAAUUUCUAGGAAAAAUUUUAGUGCCCUUUUUAGGGUUCUGACAUUUUAGUGUCCAGUUUAGUGGUCAACUAAGUGGCUAAAAUUUAAUCGCAUCUUUACAAGUCAAAGUGGCACUACUGGAUCAUUAAAAACUAUUAGUGAGACGCGAAAUAGAGGCUUCUAUAGAGGUUUUUUUAGUGGAUAAAAAUAAGUUGUUUUUAUGGUAUUGUUCCAGAGCUGAACUAUGUUCUGGACCGAAACAUGUACGUUGCGUACAAUUUGGCGACAGACACGGCCGACAUGUGUCCGUCGAUCCAUGCACCAUGCCUGCCGGUCAUUCCUCACACCAGAGCUUCCUUCAAAAUUCAGGUAGGGGUGCUCAUCUUGGAGUGGAAGGAUUAUGCCUUGCGAGGAAGAGUAUGAACCGAAUAAAAAACAAAAUCAAAAUGGGUAUAUUGGCAAGGGUGAAGCCUUGAGUACGCGACGCGGCUUUCGGCAGGAAGAGUUUGAACGUGAGCCACUUUUUUUCUCCUCUUUUGACUGAAAUACUUCUUUUUUUUCUUUUUUAUUUCCAUGAUCGCCUCCGACCUCGAGAUCCUCGCCAGAAAGCCGCAGCGCGUAAACACUGAGUGCCAGUUCGGCAAAAAUUGACUCUAAUGAUUUUCGCGCCAAUAGUUGGACCCUUAAAAAUAACCGAAUUUUGCGUCAAUUUUCUACAAGCUGGUCAUGUUUUUUUCAGUUUUCACAAGGGAGUUUAUUUUACUUUGCGGUUUGGAUUUUGCAGAAAAUUGAUCAGAGCGCUCCUUGAUGUACCGGAGAAAGUGUCUGAAAGUCUCAGUCUGCACAACUUUCUAGUUCUCAAGAAAAGACGCCUUAAAGUCAAAGAAAACCCUCAAAACCCAUUAAAAUAGGUUAUUUCGAGACUUUAAACCCUUAUUUCUUGAGAACUAGGAAGUGGUCCAAACUUAUACAUUUUGGAGCUUUGAGCUCUUGUUUCUCAAAAGUAAGAAAGUUUCGCAGGUUAAGACUCUCAGAAUCUUGAUAUGGCACAUCAAGGAGUGUUCUGGCCAGUUUUCAGGAAAAUACCAACCACAAAGUAAAAUGACCUACCCUGUCAAUGAAUUAUAAUCUCUUGAUUUUCAGGACGUCAUUCCCAAGUCGCAUCUGGCUGGUUUCAAGCUCACGGAGCUUGAGAUGAAGCUGAUAAAGCCUGAAGACCUUGCUGAGCAGGAGCGUCUUUUGGAAGAGCGCAAGACCAAUCGACAACGGCUGGGAGCCCUCGUUCGCUCUAUUGAACGCAAAAAGGACACCGAACACAACGUCGCCUUCGAAGAAGAAUCCCCCUGA